UGUUUUCGCCACCUCCCUUUUUGGGGGAUAGUGCUUGAAUCUGGCAACUUUGUAACCGGGACCGUUGUGGGGAUGAGCAACGGCUAAUGGCUGAGUGGGAGUUCUGGAUUAGCUAGCUAACGUUGGCCAACUGUUUCGGAUGUGGGCACUUGUAUUGGUGAACUGUUCCUGAAGCUGCACUUGGAAGACAGAGCCUACAAAGUGCCAAGCCGUGUGGGUUGGCAUUCCCUCUGCAACAUGUCCAAGAGCAAGAGCUCUGAGUCGGUCAAGGUGGUGGUCCGUUGUCGCCCUAUGAAUGAAAAAGAGCGGGCAGCCAAGUUUGAAAGGGUGGUCUCUGUUGAUGUCAAAUUGGGCCAAAUUAUUGUCAGGAACCCCAGGGAGGCUUCAGCCAGUGAACUUCCCAAAAUCUUCACAUAUGAUUCAGUCUACGACUCGAACUCCAAACAAAUAGAUUUGUAUGAUGAAACCUUCAGGCCCCUGGUGGAUUCAGUUCUACUUGGGUUCAACGGGACCAUUUUUGCCUAUGGGCAGACCGGUACAGGGAAGACAUACACAAUGGAGGGGGUGAGAAACGAUCCAGAGAGGAGAGGGGUGAUCCCUAACUCCUUUGAGCAUGUCUUCACUCACAUUUCACGGUCACAGAAUCAGCAGUACCUGGUGAGAGCAUCAUAUCUAGAAAUUUACCAAGAGGAGAUCAAAGACUUGCUCUCCAAAGACCAGUCGCGUCGUCUGGAGCUCAGGGAGAGGCCUGACACGGGUGUGUACGUUAAAGACCUUUCGUCAUUUGUCACCAAGAGUGUGCGGGAGAUCGAACACGUCAUGAAUGUGGGGAACCAGAAUCGUUCAGUGGGCGCCACUAACAUGAAUGAACACAGCUCCCGUUCUCACGCCAUCUUUGUCAUCACUGUUGAGUGCAGUGAGUUGGGUGUCGACGGGGAGAACCAUAUCAGAGUCGGCAAACUGAACCUGGUGGAUUUAGCCGGCAGUGAAAGGCAGACCAAGACCGGCGCUCAGGGGGAGAGGCUUAAAGAAGCCACAAAGAUCAAUCUGUCGCUUUCGGCUCUGGGGAACGUCAUAUCAGCUCUGGUGGACGGCAGGAGCAGCCACAUCCCCUACCGAGAUUCAAAACUCACCCGUCUGCUGCAGGACUCUCUGGGGGGCAACGCCCGCACUGUCAUGGUCGCCAACAUUGGCCCGGCAUCCUACAACGUGGAGGAGACCUUGACAACGCUGCGCUAUUCCAACAGGGCGAAGAACAUCAAGAACAAACCACGUAUCAACGAGGACCCCAAGGAUGCCCUGCUCAGGGAGUUUCAGGAGGAGAUCGCGCGGCUGAAGGAACAGCUGCAAAAGCGUUCGGGAAAGAAGAAAAGGAGGAGGCAGAGGAGGAGGGCCGGGGAAGGGAGCGACGGUGAGGAUCUGGAGGAAGGAGAGACGGAGGAUGACGAUGAAGAGGGGGACGACAAAGGGGAUUACUGGCGGGAGCAGCAGGAGAAGCUGGAGAGAGAGAGAAAGGCCAUCAUGGAGGAUCAUAGUCUGGUGGCUGAGGAGAAAGCUCGGCUGCUUAAAGAAAAAGAGAAGAAAAUGGAAGAUUUGAAGAGGGAGAAGGACGCCGGAGAGAUGCUUGCAGCCAAAGUGAAAGCGAUGGAGAGUAAGCUCCUAGUAGGGGGGAAGAACAUUGUGGACCACACCAAUGAGCAACAGAAAAUGCUGGAGCUGAAGAGGCAGGAAAUCGCUGAACAGAAACGGCGAGAGCGAGAGAUGCAGCAGCAGAUGGAGAGUCGUGACGAGGAGACUCUGGAGCUGAAGGAGACCUACAGUUCUCUGCAGCAGGAGGUCGACAUCAAAACCAAGAAGCUGAAAAAGCUAUUUGCCAAGCUGCAGGCAGUGAAGGCAGAAAUCCAUGACAUCCAGGAGGCGCAUAUCAACGAGCGCCAGGAGCUGGAACAGACCCAGAACGAGCUCACCAGAGACCUCAAACUCAAGCAUCUGAUCAUCGAGAACUUCAUUCCCUUAGAGGAGAAGAACAAAAUAGUCCACAGGGCUUACUUUGAUGACGAGGAUGAAUACUGGAAAACGAAGCCCAUCACACGUAUAGAGGAUGACCAUCAGAUGAUGACCAGGCCUUUGUCAGCGGUUGGCUACAGGAGGCCUCUGAGUCAGCAUGCUCGCAUGGCCAUGAUGAUGAGGCCUGAAAUGAGAUACAAAGCUGAAAACAUCAUGAUGCUGGACAUGGAUCUGCCCGCUCGGACCACUAAAGAGUAUCAGGAGCCGGUUAUCGCCCCAAAGGUGGCGGCGGCUCUGGAGGACGCUCUUAGGGAUGAGGAUGAGAUCCAGGUAGAUGCCUCAGGCUUUCACAGCAGCUUGGGAUCAACCCCGCCCGCCAGCGCCAGCCUCAAGAAACCAAAGUCUGGUCGACCAAGAACAGGCAAGAAGUCGAGCACCCCGACCUCUCCAUUCAGCCCCUCAAGUCCAGGAUCCACGCUUUACCCACAAUCCCGCGGCCUGGUGCCCAAGUGACAGCUUCUACGACUAAUAUCACCGCCAACCUCUCUUUUGCACCUUUCCACUUUGGGAGUCAACUUUAAGAGAAAGGGUUUUAUGUCAAGAUGACAGAAUAUCGGAUUAAGACUAAUGCUGCUGUAACCACACCACUUAUAACUGCUGUCAUAAGCUUUUUGAUUUUGGAGAUUUGAAACCCUUCCUCCUGAGUCAGUACGACACUAGGACAGCAGCCACGCAUGGAGCCUAAUUAUCACUCUACACUGUUACCUUUCCCUACAUUUGGCUUAAUGCCACCGAUGUCUUAUAUAUAUUAUACAGUAUGUCACAAUGUUCUUAAUGUAUGGAAAGAAAUGAUGGAUUGCAGUAUCCCCAAUGCACUUCUUCUUCCUAUCUUCCCAGAUCUGUGUUGGGUGUAGUCCUCUCUUACUGCAAGUGUGGACAUUGGUGGGAGGGGUGCUGGGGUUGACGUGAAGACACAUGGACUAGGCAGCUCUGCAGUCACGUCUGCCUGUCACUAACGGGGUGUGUGUGUGUGUGUGUGUCAGUGUGCGUGUGUGUGUGUGUCUGGCCACAUAUCUAUGUGUGUCUUUACGUCAAACAUUUCAGUUUAUGUCAAACAGCGCAGUUCAUUUCCAUUGUUGGAGCUCUGAUAAUGUUAGCAUGGAGCUUUAAGUCUUGCGUAUGUGUUUGUGUUGUGUCUCAAAGGAAUAAUUCAAAAUUUUGGGAAAUAAGCCUAUUUGCUAUUUUGUUUUUGCUAGUAAGACGAGAACAUAGAUACAACUCGUGUGGUUUUGCCUAAUAGAGAAGCUAGAGGUAAUUAGCUUAAGACACCAGGAAGUCAAUGUGGCCAGCCAAAAAAAAAAUAAAAAAAUGGUUCCAGC